CGCCUGGUGGCCAGGAUGGACGGCGACAUCAUCAUCGGGGCGCUCUUCUCCGUCCACCACCAGCCGUCGGCCGAGAAGGUGGCGGAGAGGAAGUGCGGCGAGGUGCGCGAGCAGUACGGCAUCCAGAGGGUGGAGGCCAUGUUCCACACGCUGGACCGCAUCAACUCGGACCCUCGCCUGCUGCCCAACAUCACGCUGGGCUGCGAGAUCCGCGACUCCUGCUGGCACUCCUCCGUGGCGCUGGAGCAGAGCAUCGAGUUCAUACGGGACUCCCUCAUCUCCAUCCGGGACGAGGGCGAGGGCGCCAGGUGGUGCGUGGACGGGGCGCCCUCCGGUCUGCCCCCGCCCACCAAGAAGCCCAUCGUAGGGGUCAUCGGGCCCGGGUCCAGCUCGGUGGCCAUCCAAGUGCAGAACCUGCUGCAGCUGUUCAACAUCCCGCAGAUCGCCUACUCGGCCACCAGCAUCGACCUGAGCGACAAGACGCUGUUCAAGUACUUCCUCCGGGUGGUGCCCUCCGACACGCUGCAGGCCCGGGCUCUUCUGGACAUUGUCAAGCGCUACAACUGGACCUAUGUGUCGGCCGUCCACACGGAAGGGAACUACGGCGAGAGUGGGAUGGAGGUGUUUAAGGAGCUGGCGGCGCUGGACGGUCUCUGCCUGUCUCACUCGGACAAGAUCUACAGCAACGCGGGGGAGAAGCAGUUCGACAGGCUGCUGUGGAAACUGCGCCAGCGUCUGCCCAAGGCCCGGGUGGUGGUCUGCUUCUGCGAGGGCAUGACGGUGCGAGGCCUGCUCAUGGCCAUGAGGCGGCUCGGCGUGGCCGGGGAAUUCCUCCUAAUUGGCAGCGACGGCUGGGCCGACCGGAUGGAGGUGGUGGAGGGAUACGAGCAGGAGGCGCUGGGCGGCAUCACGGUCAAGCUGCAGUCGGCCGAGGUCUCCUCCUUCGACCGCUACUUCCUGAAGCUCAAGCUCGCCAGCAACAGCCGCAACCCGUGGUUCCCCGAGUUCUGGCAGCACCGCUUCCAGUGUCGCCUGCCGGGCCACCCGCAAGAGAACCCGAAUUAUGUGAGGAACUGCUCAGGUGAGGAGCGCCUGCAGGACAACUACGUCCAAGACAGCAAGAUGGGCUUCGUCAUCAACGCCAUCUACGCCAUGGCCCACGGCCUGCACGACAUGCACGCCAACCUGUGCCCUGACGGUCACGCCGGUCUCUGCGACCACAUGAAGCCCGUGGACGGCAGCCACCUGCUGGACUUCCUGCUGAAGACCUCGUUCGCCGGCGUCUCCGGGGAGGACAUCUGGUUCGACGAGAACGGGGACUCGCCUGGGAGGUACGAGAUCAUGAACUUCCAGAGCGUGGAGCGCGGCGCUUACGACUACAUCAACAUCGGCUCGUGGCACGAGGGCGUGCUGAGCAUCGCCGACGACACGACGCGGAUGAACGCCAGCGGUGCGGUGCGCUCGGUGUGCAGCGAGCCCUGCUCCAGAGGAGAGAUCAAGGUGAUCAGGAAGGGAGAAGUAAGCUGCUGCUGGAUCUGCACGGCCUGCAAAGACAACGAGUACGUCCAGGACGAGUUCACCUGCACGGCCUGCCGGCUGGGCUGGUGGCCCGACCGAGAUCUGGAAGGCUGCGAGGCCAUACCCCUGCACUACCUGGAGUGGAGCCACCCAGAGUCCAUCAUCCAGGUGGUCUUCUCCUGCCUGGGCAUCCUGGUCACCUCCUUCGUGGCGCUGACCUUCGUGGCGUACCGCGACACGCCGGUGGUCAAGUCGUCCAGCCGGGAGCUCUGCUACAUCAUCCUGGCGGGCAUCUUCCUGGGCUACCUCUGCCCCUUCACCCUCAUCGCCCGGCCCACCGUGGCCUCCUGCCACCUCCAGCGGCUGCUGGUGGGGCUCUCGGCCGCCAUGUGCUACUCGGCGCUGGUCACCAAGACCAACCGCAUCGCCCGCAUCCUGGCGGGCAGCAAGAAGAAGAUCUGCACCCGGAAGCCCCGCUUCAUGAGCGCCUGGGCGCAGGUGGCCAUCGCCUCGGCGCUGGUGGGCGUGCAGCUGGCGCUGGAGGUGACCCUCAUGGUGCUGGAGCCCCCCCAGCCCGUCAGGUCCUACCCCAGCGUCAGGGAGGUCUUCCUCAUCUGCAACACCAGCACCCUGGGCGUGGUGGCGCCGCUGGGCUACAACGGGCUGCUGAUCAUGAGCUGCACCUACUACGCCUUCAAGACGCGCAACGUGCCCGCCAACUUCAACGAGGCCAAGUACGUGGCCUUCACCAUGUACACCACCUGCAUCAUCUGGCUGGCCUUCGUGCCCAUCUACUUCGGCUCCGACUACAAGAUCAUCACCACCUCCUUCUCCGUCAGCCUGAGCGUCACCGUGGCCCUGGGCUGCAUGUUCACGCCCAAGAUGUACGUCAUCAUCGCCAAGCCCGAGCGCAACGUGCGCAGCGCCUUCACCACCUCGGACGCCGUGCGCAUGCACGUGGGCGGCGGCAGGGCGGCGUGCCGCGGCCACAGCCUGCUGGACGUGUUCAAGAGGAAGAAGGACGGCAGUUCUAACGGGAAGUCGGUGUCGUGGUCCGAACCCGGUCCGAGGCCUCCUCCUCCCAAAGGCGACCACAUCUGGCACAGACUGUCGGUGCACGUGAAGAAGCAGGAGACGGCCGUCAUCAAGCCGCUAGCGAGCAGCUACCAGACCUCGGCCAGGCCGCAGUUCUUGCAGCUCAGCGCCAAGACUUUGUACAACGUGGCCGAGGAGGACGAGGGCGACCACGGCCCCGGGACUCCUCCCUCCGGGCGUCCUUCAGGGCCGCUUGGCGGCGUGGUCUCCCUGGCUACGUCGCACCCUGAGGCAGCCCGCGGGGGCAUGCCCGUGUACCAGCUGGCCCACCUCAUCCAGCAGGACCACCUGCGGCCCUUUGACGAGGAAGCCGCCUCGCCCCCGGAGGAGGACCCGCAGAACGAGCAGUUUGGCCUCCUCCGGGGUUACUCGUACAACAACGGCCGGCUUCACGAAGAGGAGCUCAAACUGGCCAUGGAGGACGCCCUGGGGCUCAUGCCCCCGUCGCCCUUUCGGGAUUUGGCUGCACCGCCCAUGAGCUCUUUCCCCGACUCGCCCCUGUCCGAGUCCAUUCUAUGCUCUCCCCCCCGUGUGACGUACGCCUCGGCCAUCCUCCAGGACUACAAGCAGAGUUCCUCCACUCUGUGA